GAAGAAGAACGGUUCCUCGUGCUUGAGCGUCACCAUGCGCUGAACCAUCUAACCCCUCCGAGACCCAACAACGAUAUCAACAAUCCACCUACUGCAGCCGAAGCCACUCAGCGAGUACCAGCGACUACGCCGCGAGGACAAGAUUGUUACGCUCGAUCCAGCCGCCCACGAUGAGCAGUUCGCUCGUCGUCGAGAUGAGAAGCAACGCCCCUUCCACCGACAGAUGGCAAACCAGAAAUCGCAUCAACACCACGAGUGCUACCAAGGACAUCGAACAUACUCGCGUCCUGUGCCUCAAAUAUCGCGAGACCAGCGCGAGCGGCAUGCCCGAGAUGUGCACUUCGUACUACAUCUACUUCACUCAAAGCGACAAGACCGACGACAUUGGCAGCGCAUGGUGCCGCAUCGGCAAUCCCGCGCCGAAUCGUUCGGCCAGAACUCAUCGGCCAUUUCUCAAGUUCCAAGGAGCCCAGCCGGAUUGGAACGUGUACGUGGAGAAGGCAGGCUUGCCCGAUGGCUGUCAGGUUGAGUAUCUUUGUGAGGAUAUACUCCGUUGAUGCGCAAGCUCUCGUCGAUGUACUAUGAAGACAUGGAGCCGGCCGACUACGCCAAAUUUGAAGCUUCUGCGGCUUGACCACAGUUAGAGCAGCACU